ACCAAUAAAUCUUGAAUUAAACUAACAAAAAUAGUCACAUAUUCCAAAAAUUAAAAUCCAUCCAUCCCUAGUUCAAAGAAUUCUAGCCACACAUGUAUAUGUUUUCAACCACCAUGAAAAAUAAAUCCCAGUAGAAAUUCAUAAUAAAAAGUUCAGAAACAACAAAACCCAAACAAUGAAGAAUUGCAGUUUGCCGAAUGGUGUGCUGUGGUCGGGAUCUCCCAAGAAGGCUGGGCGGCAGCGUGGCUCUUCUGCAAACGGAAUUGGUUCUUGCGUUCUCAAUUCGCAGAGCAGAUUUGUGCGGUUCUGUGUCUUCUUCUGCUGCUGGUGAACAACAGAUGCGGAUGGCAAGAAGGCUGGGCGGCUGGACGGCUUCUCUUCCAAUGUGCAGAACAACUCCUCUCGCAGGACGUCAAUUAGUUGAUGGAGUACUAGUGUUGCAUGAGGUUGUGGAGGAAGUUAAGAGAAGGAAGCAGUCGGCUUUUGUUUUCAAGGCUGAUUUCGCGAAGGCAUAUUAUUGUGUGGAUUGGUCAUUUUUGGAAUGGAUGAUGGAUCGCUUGGGUUUUGGAAUCAAAUGGAGAGGUUGGAUUAUGGAAUGCUUGUCGACUUCUAAGAUUUCAGUUCUAGUUAAUGAAAGCCCGACGGAGGAGUUCAAGGUUGAAAAGGGAUUACGACAAGGGGAUCCUUUAUCCCCAUUCUUAUUCUUGAUGAUUGGAGAGGGAUUAAAUGGAUUGGUUCAGAAAGCAGUGUUGGAGGGUAUGUUUCGAGGUAUAGAGAUUGGCAGGAAGGGGUUAGCAGUUUCUCUACUUCAAUUCGCGGAUGACACAGUCAUUAUUGGAAAGGCUGACAUAGAGAAUAUAAUCAUGGUUAAAACAAUUCUGUGAUGGUUUGAACUGAUGUCUGGUCUACAUAUUAAUUUCAGCAAGAGCAACAUUUAUGGAUAUAAUGUUCCAAUGAGAUGUGUUGAAGGAUCAGCAAGUUGCUGCGAUGUGGAGUCAGAAAAUCACCUUUUAUUUAUCUAGGAAUGCCUGUUGAUGGAAAUCCAGGGAAUAAGAAACUAUGGGAACCGGUGAUAAAAAAAUUUCAUGCUA